UGUGGUUAGCUUGAUCUGUGCCUCUUGCCCACACUACGCCUUCCACACUCAGGCUGGCCUCCAUGACUCUUUCUAACAAAUGGGCUGCCAUAGGUACAAACCAUGUCUAGAAUCUUAGGACCCUGGAGGUUAUCUGUAUUAGUAACUUCAUUGUUCAGAAGAGGAAAUGAGCCUGAGGAGGGUUAUUCAAGGAGCCAGUCAGCACCCAGCUUCCUGACGCUAUGCCCCAUGGUGCUUCUUUCAUUGUCUUUAAAGACCAUGGAAGGCUGGUAGGUUACCAGCAAUUACAUCACAUCCUGCUUAAUAAGUAGUGGUUGCCAUGGAAGCAAAGGUACCGAUGAUUCCUCUCCUGCAUGAUGUUUAGCUACCUAUCGAUCGUGUUUUCUGUUGUGACCAUUGUUACACAGUUGGUUAACGCAGUCAUGUGUUGCAUAACAAUGUUUUGGUCAAUAACAGACAAUAAAUAUAAUGGUGAUUCAUAAAAUUAUAGUAGAGCUGAAAACUUCCUGUGGCCUCCUGCUAGAUUUGUGGCUAUCAUAAUGUUGUCUAUAAAACACUACUUGUGGCUGCAGCCCACCGGCCCGGCGGCCGCUGAGCAGUCGCUGAAGCUCGCUUCCUUGAGCGGCGGCCGGCCCGCCUCUCCGCCCUCCCGCUCCGCCCUCGCCUUCCUGCGGCCGGCCGGCCCGGCCCUACAUGGGGGCGGGCCUCCGCAACACGGGUUUGGCUUCCUGUUCAGAGGCGGCCUUGCGCUAGGUGGCCGCCACACUGCCUGCGCCCGCCUCGGUGCGGUCACCGAGCCCGGGAGGAAGCUCCAGGGCCGCAUCUCGGGCGGUUGCUCCAAGCCGGGCUGUGCGCCGCCAUGGCCUCAGUGCAGCUGGAGAACCACCAGCUGAUCCCUCCGGACGGCGGCGGCGGUGGCGGCGGCGGCGGCGGCGGCGGCAGCGGCUCAGCGUCUGUCCCGGUUCCUCCGCCUCCUGGAGCCGCGGUGGCGGCGGCAGCUGCGGCCGCGGCUAGCCCUGGUUACCGGCUUCGCACGCUCAUCGAAUUUCUCCUCCACCGGGCCUACUCGGAGCUCUUGGUAUUGACGGACUUACUGCCAAGGAAAUCGGACGUGGAAAGGAAAGUAGAAAUUGUCCAGUUUGCUAGCCGGACACAUCAACUCUUCGUUCGAUUAUUAGCUUUAGUAAAGUGGGCUAAUGACGCUGGCAAAGUCGAGAAGUGUGCGAUGAUCUCGAGCUUUUUAGAUCAACAAGCUCUCUUGUUUGUGGACACUGCUGAUCGCUUGGCCUCCUUAGCUAGAGAUGCACUGGUCCAUGCACGCCUGCCUAGUUUUGCUAUCCCAUAUGCCAUUGAUGUGCUGACUACUGGCUCUUAUCCACGACUGCCAACCUGCAUCAGGGAUAAAAUUAUUCCUCCAGACCCAAUUACCAAAAUUGAGAAACAAGCCACACUUCAUCAGCUUAAUCAAAUUCUUAGACAUAGGCUUGUAACAACAGAUCUUCCUCCACAGCUAGCAAAUCUUACAGUGGCAAAUGGCCGUGUGAAGUUUCGAGUUGAAGGAGAAUUUGAAGCAACUUUGACAGUAAUGGGUGAUGAUCCAGAAGUUUCAUGGCGCCUUCUCAAGCUAGAAAUUCUAGUUGAGGAUAAGGAAACAGGAGAUGGCCGCGCUUUGGUUCAUAGCAUGCAAAUCGACUUUAUCCAUCAGUUGGUGCAGUCUCGGCUCUUUGCAGAUGAGAAACCUCUUCAGGACAUGUACAACUGCCUACAUUGUUUCUGCUUAUCACUUCAAUUAGAAGUGUUACAUUCCCAGACUCUAAUGUUAAUCCGAGAGAGGUGGGGCGACCUUGUCCAGGUGGAAAGGUAUCAUGCCGGAAAGUGCCUCUCUCUCUCAGUUUGGAAUCAGCAGGUUCUAGGGAGAAAAACAGGCACAGCAUCAAUUCACAAAGUCACAAUUAAAAUAGAUGAGAAUGAUGUCUCCAAGCCUUUACAGAUCUUUCAUGAUCCUCCUUUGCCAGCUUCGGAUUCUAAAUUAGUAGAAAGAGCUAUGAAGAUUGACCACUUAUCAAUAGAAAAGCUCCUGAUUGACAGUGUUCAUGCAAGAGCCCAUCAGAAGCUGCAGGAACUGAAGGCCAUUCUUAGAAGCUUCAAUGCUAAUGAAAACUCUUCCAUAGAGACUGCACUUCCAGCUCUGAUUGUUCCCAUCUUGGAGCCCAGUGGUAAUUCGGAGUGCCUACACAUUUUUGUAGAUUUGCAUUCUGGAAUGUUCCAAUUGAUGCUUUAUGGACUUGACCAGGCCACUCUGGAGGACAUGGAAAAAUCUGUGAAUGAUGACAUGAAGCGAAUCAUCCCUUGGAUACAGCAGCUUAAGUUUUGGCUUGGACAACAGCGCUGCAAACAAUCUAUAAAACAUCUGCCUGCAAUAACCACUGAAACAUUGCAGCUUUCCAACUAUUCAACGCAUCCCAUUGGAAACCUUUCCAAGAAUAAACUCUUUAUUAAACUUACCCGUCUUCCACAGUACUACAUUGUUGUGGAAAUGCUUGAGGUUCCCAGUAAGCCCACACAACUAUCGUACAAGUAUUACUUCAUGUCUGUGAGUACUGCAGAUCGUGAAGACAGCCCUGUCAUGGCACUGCUUCUGCAGCAAUUCAAGGACAACAUCCAGGACUUGAUGUCCUAUACAAAGACUGGGAAACAGAUCAAAGCUGGUACCAAGCACAAGUUGUCUGAUGACCCAUGUCCAGUAGAAUGCAAGAAAGCCAAACGAUCAGGAGAAAUGUGUGCCUUCAAUAAAGUUCUAGCUCAUUUUGUCGCUAUGUGUGACACCAACAUGCCAUUUGUCGGACUUCGAUUGGAGUUGUCCAACCUGGAGAUCCCACAUCAGGGAGUGCAAGUGGAAGGGGAUGGCUUCAGCCAUGCGAUUCGCCUAUUAAAAAUUCCUCCCUGUAAGGGAGUAAAUGAGCAAACUCAGAAGGCCCUGGACCGCUCUCUCCUUGAUUGCACUUUCCGAUUACAAGGUAGAAAUAACCGCACAUGGGUGGCAGAGUUAGUAUUUGCAAAUUGUCCGCUCAAUGGCACUUCCACCAGGGAGCAAGGACCAUCCCGGCAUGUUUACCUGACAUAUGAAAAUCUGUUAUCUGAACCUGUUGGUGGUGGAAAAGUAGUUGAAAUGUUUCUUAAUGACUGGAGCAGCAUUGCCAGAUUAUAUGAAUGUGUGUUAGAAUUUGCUCGUUCUCUACCAGACAUACCUGCUCAUCUGAAUAUUUUCUCAGAAGUUCGUGUUUAUAAUUAUCGGAAACUUAUCUUGUGUUAUGGAACCACCAAAGGAAGCUCAAUUAGUAUCCAGUGGAAUUCCAUUCAUCAGAAAUUUCAUAUUUCGUUGGGAACAGUUGGCCCAAACUCAGGUUGCAGUAACUGUCACAAUACCAUUCUCCAUCAACUUCAGGAAAUGUUCAACAAAACACCAAAUGUGGUUCAGUUGUUACAGGUGUUAUUUGAUACUCAAGCACCAUUAAAUGCCAUCAACAAACUCCCUACUGUGCCAAUGUUGGGCUUGACUCAGAGAACUAACACUGCCUACCAGUGUUUCUCCAUUCUCCCACAGUCGUCCACCCACAUCAGACUGGCCUUCAGGAACAUGUACUGCAUUGACAUAUACUGCCGUAGUCGAGGUGUUGUGGCAAUACGGGAUGGGGCCUAUAGUCUUUUUGAUAACAGCAAGUUAGUUGAAGGCUUCUAUCCUGCACCAGGAUUAAAGACGUUCCUGAACAUGUUUGUUGACAGCAAUCAGGAUGCUCGGAGAAGAUCUGUAAAUGAGGAUGAUAACCCCCCUUCUCCUAUAGGAGGUGAUAUGAUGGACUCUUUAAUAUCACAGCUCCAGCCACCUCAGCAACAGCCGUUUCCAAAGCAGCCAGGAACUUCAGGCGCUUACCCUCUUACUUCACCCCCUGCAUCCUAUCACAACACAGCUAAUCAGUCCCCGUCUAUGAUCCACACAAGGUCUCCAGGAACCCUUGACCCUAGUUCUCCAUACACUAUGGUGUCACCAAGUGGACGAGCAGGAAACUGGCCUGGGUCUCCUCAAGUGUCUGGACCCUCACCAGCAACCCGUUUGCCUGGAAUGUCACCAGCCAACCCAUCUCUCCAUUCUCCUGUCCCAGAUGCUUCUCAUUCCCCUCGAGCUGGCACAAGUUCCCAGACAAUGCCAACCAACAUGCCUCCACCUCGCAAACUGCCUCAGCGCUCCUGGGCGGCAUCCAUACCCACCAUCCUCACUCACAGUGCCUUGAACAUCUUACUGCUCCCCUCGCCGACGCCAGGCCUUGUGCCUGGCCUGGCAGGCAGUCACCUUUGUUCCCCGCUGGAGAGGUUCCUUGGGUCUGUCAUCAUGAGACGACACCUUCAAAGAAUUAUUCAACAGGAAACGUUGCAGCUGAUCAAUUCCAACGAACCUGGUGUAAUCAUGUUCAAGACAGAUGCCCUGAAAUGCAGAGCAGCCCUUAGUCCCAAAACCAACCAGACCCUUCAGCUAAAAGUGACACCUGAAAAUGCAGGACAGUGGAAACCUGAUGAGCUUCAAGUUUUGGAGAAAUUCUUUGAGACAAGAGUCGCAGGACCACCAUUUAAAGCCAACACACUUAUAGCCUUCACCAAGCUGUUGGGAGCACCAACGCACAUCCUCCGUGACUGUGUGCAUAUUAUGAAGUUGGAGCUGUUCCCAGACCAGGCAACACAGCUAAAAUGGAAUGUCCAAUUUUGCCUCACCAUCCCUCCCAGCGCGCCACCGAUUGCACCUCCUGGGACACCAGCUGUGGUGCUGAAAUCCAAAAUGCUGUUUUUCCUUCAACUAACUCAGAAAACAUCAGAACCCCAAGAACCUGUUAGUAUAAUAGUUCCAAUCAUUUAUGACAUGACUUCAGGUACCACCCAGCAGGCAGACAUUCCCAGACAGCAGAACUCUUCUGUUGCUGCGCCCAUGAUGAUCAGCAACAUUCUGAAGAGGUUUGCAGAGAUGAACCCACCACGACAAGGUGAAUGCACAAUAUUUGCAGCUGUUUGUGAUUUAAUGGCUAAUCUUACACUGCCCCCUGGUGGGCGUCCAUAGACACUAUUGUUUUUAAACCAGGAAGGCUGACAAAUGGAAAAACAACACAAACAAAAAAAGACUGAAUUCAGCCAUCAGUUUUAAAAAGGAAAAAGACUUUUUUUUUUUUUUUUUAAACCUUAAGAGCUAAAUAUUCUAAACUGGCAAAACUUUUCAGGGUGCACUUCUUUCAUCAAAAAGACCAUCAAUCUUUUGUAUAGUGAACUUGUAUAGUGUGUUUAAAUGCGACACAUUUCAAACUAGGUAACAGAUCAGUGUCCACUUGCCAGUAAUAGAUUUAAUAUUCUGUUUUAUACUAUAAAGUAAUGAAAAUGCCAAACGUGUUUAUUUAAUUGUUUUCUUAUGUUUUGGAUGUAAUGGUCUUUUUUGAUUUUUUUUUUAAAGGCAGGUCUAUCAUUUUUGAAUACUGUAAACUGUGACAAACUUUAUAUUGAAGCUGUAUUUUACUAUUGACCGCUUUGAAUCCUUACACAGAAAUGUUUUGGGAGCUGUUAAACACAUCCCAAAGAAGCAAUAUUUAAUAAAACUAGGAUAUAAAAGUGACACUCACUUGUGUGUGUAUAAGCUCUCUAGAGUUAUUAGGGCCUCCCUUCAUCUUCACCCUGGUGGGGCCAGUCAGUUUUUAAUUACCUAUGUCUGAAAUUUGACAAAAACAUUUUUGUUUUAAGGUUAAUGUAGUUUCUUCAGACAUUCCUAACAUGACUGGUGAUAACAUUUAGCACCUAGAUUGUUUUUUCAGUAUAGGAUUUAUGUAAAAUAAGAGAACUUUGUCUUUGAAAAGAGACAGUAAGUGAUUUAUAGUGAUCAAGGAUCCCAAAUAAUGCAAUUAUUCUCAUGUGUGAGGAAAUGGGAACCUUUUUGUUAGGAAAAUGUCAUUUAAAGGAUACUUCUGCACACAGCAUUAACUAGGAAGCAAAGAACUUGAAUGCUCUAGUUUGCAUGAAGUUUUGGUGACAUUUCUUUAUCUUAUUUAACUUCUUACCUUCCCCAGCACAAUUGAGGUUGUUCUAAACAAUCUCAAUUUGAUUCAUUGUCAACAAAACAAUAGAAUGUUUUGCUGGACACAACCUGGUCCAAUCAUUUGAAAAGUCCACAGUGCAGGGCCUGGGUAGGGUCCAGUGGAGUUUCUGGCACUGGUACCUCUCAAUAGGAUUUCUUUCUAGAGUACUGUACUGUCUCUUGCAGCCAGUCAGGGUCUUUGUAAGCUUCGAUGAAUAUGAUCUGAUUCAAAUGUCUUCUGAUGACUUGAUGUGAUUUGGAGCAGUUUUUUUGUUGUUGUUUUAUGGGUUUUUUUUUUAAUGAUAAUAUCAUGCUGAGUUAUCUAGUCAAUGUAAUAUGGUCCUCGAUGAAAUUUUAGAUGUUUGUCUGAUUCCAUUUUAAGAUGAUUAUUUGAGCUUCUAUAACUAUAACCACCAGAUUCUAGUUUUAAGCAUCUCACUGCAACUGUAUCAUGUCUUCUCAAC